UACAAUUAAAAAUUAAGAAAUCAUACACCAGUCAACCUCUGCCUCUCUGACUGCUGUGGUUGAACAUGUCUGGUAGUAUAGGAUGGUUGUUUUAAUGUUAUAUCUUUCCACUUCUGUGCAAUUCACUCAACACAGGAACGUCGAGUAAAGGUGGUGCAGAAAUGGCACAUUAUUAAGAGUGUCAGAGAGCAUGGUCGUGACUUUCACACAUGAUUUGGCUCCAAAUUAAAAUCAGCAUCCACGUAUCUGUUUUGAAAUAGAAUCAGUGAGGUUACAUUUUAACCUCACUGAGAAUCUCUGGGAUGGAUUGGUGAAGCAGUUUAACUCACACCACGAGAACAAGAACUUGGCAAAAAUGAGCGCAGCUCGGGAUGGAAAUAAAUGAAGUGACAUUGCAUGAGCUUGUUGGAAGGAUGCCACAGCAUGUGCUUGUUUAAAAAAAAAAAAAAGCUAAAAGUGGUCCAACACUUCUGUUGGUUCACGUUUUUGCCUCCAUGAAGUGAUUAUUUGAUUUCAUACACAAAGGUAGUUAUUUGUCUACAUUUCAAGUUUUCUGAAACUUUUUUGCUUAAAUAUUAAUUUUGGUUAAAGUCAAGUUGAACAUUUUCAGCUUGAGUUUUUGAGUCAAAUGCUUUAUUGAGAGGAUAUUAGAUGAGGUAACUCUCCAAACAUCCAAAGUGAAUACUGAGUUUAUGCUUUUUGUUUUGUGCAAAUAUCUCAUCCGGCUAUUUAAAAAAAAUAAUCUGAGAACUGCUGGAGGGAACUUUAGAGUCAUGGCAUACUUUAGGCAUGUGGCUUGUUAAAUAAAACUAUUCAUAUUUGUGGAGUUGAGUCUGCCUCUGUGAAACACACAACUGCGUUUCUGUACGCAAAUGAAUCAGGUGCUCAAAGUUGGCCGCCUCUCACUUUGGCAGGAUCUCCAGCAACACAGAGCAUCCAAACAUGGACGGAGUCACGCGGAGGCAGAGCUCCAGCUCCAGAAACUGUGUGAUGGACCGCCGUCAUCGUGCAUGUGUCCCACGCAUAGCUUUGGCUCAGGAUGUCCUCACCUGUGUUUGCCAAUAUGGAAAUUAGGUGUAUAUAUCUGUUUGCCUGCAGCAGAGAGGCUGUUAGCGGGGAAACAAACAAUUGUCCCGUGCAUGUGUGUAUUGAGGGAGGGUGGUUGCAGCAGAUUGUUACAUCGAUGGGCAUAAGACCAGUUUAGCAGACAAGUGAUUACAUUCCAGCCUUUGCCUCUGAAAAUAUCAGCAAACUGUUCCAAGUUAGGCAGCGUCCAAACAGUGGGAAUGUAUAUUUAGCUUCAAUUAGAGGUUCCUUAUCAUCAUGGCUACAAUCUGAAGUAGCGUGGGGCUUUUUAUUCAUCUUCAUCCUCAAUCCCACAGUACACAGAAAGGUCCUUCGUCUCAUCGAUGGCUUCACUGUGGUCGAAAAUCUCUGCCGCUCUGCCUUCUCACGAAGAACAGUUUCCACUCCAGUUCAGUGACAAAGUGGAGUCAAGUGUGGUGGAAAUGCUGAGAUGGGCCCGGCAGCAGCUGUACAGCCACACGGCGAGCACCAGCCCAGUGCUCAGUGCUCAGAUCAUUCUGGACAUCUCAUGGGAGAAACUCAACACGGGAACGUGGCGCCAUGUAGACAAAGAGUGGAGGCGGGUUUACUCCUACGGCUGCCUGUUCAAAGUGGCCGCGCUGUGUCGAGACGGCCCAUCGGAGGACGAGAUCCUGCAGGCCGUCAAGACGUGUGACAUGGGUUUGCUCAUGGGUGCCGCCAUCAUGGAUAAUAUACUUCAGGUUGUCGUCCGGAUUCUGCAGAGGGAAAUAAGAAAAACCGGGGCCGACGAGGGUGUGGAGGCUAAGAGGCCAAAGAUCGCAAGUCCCUCUGUUCCUGCAAUCAGAGAAGAGAUGGCAGUUCCCAGGAUUAAGUGUCCUUCCCUAGAAAGCUUCAAAACAAACUACCUUCUCCCCCUCAAACCAGUGAUUUUAGAGGGAGUCAUCAGCCACUGGCCCGCCUUCAACAAACACCCCUGGAGCAUAGACUACCUGAGAUCUGUGGCCGGAUGCCGGACCGUUCCCGUUGAAGUGGGAUCCAGGUACACAGACGAGGACUGGUCGCAAACGCUGCUCACCGUCAGCGACUUCAUCGACAGGUACAUUUUGAAUAAAAGCCAAACCUCCCAGGAUGGGGUGAAAGCCGUGGGUUAUCUUGCUCAGCACCAGCUUUUUGAUCAGAUACCAGAGCUAAAGGAAGACAUCUGCAUUCCAGACUACUGCUGUCUUGGUGAAGGCGAUGAAGACGACAUUACUAUAAAUGCAUGGUUUGGACCCGCCGGUACUGUAUCUCCUCUUCACCAAGACCCUCAGCAGAACUUCCUAGCCCAGGUGGUUGGAAGCAAAUACAUUCGCCUGUAUUCCCCCGAGGACACAGACAAGCUCUAUCCUCACCAGUCGCAGCUUCUUCACAACACCAGUCAGGUGGAGGUGGAGAAUCCAGACGCCGAGCGCUUCCCGGAGUUUUCCAAGGCUCCGCAUCUCGAAUGUGUGUUGCAACCGGGAGACGUGCUGUUCAUCCCUGUCAAACACUGGCAUUAUGUCCGAUCCCUAGACGUCAGCUUCUCUGUCAGCUUCUGGUGGUCGUGAUUGGAGGUUCAUAAUAAAGCAUAUCAAACUGACUUUCUACUCCAGUGGGGGGGGGCGGAACAGAUUUGAAGCUAUUGUAAAGUUAAUUAUUGUUAUUGCUAAAACAGCUGCUGAUGACACAAACCUUUGAUCUGAACGAUUUAAUCACCAAGUGAGCUACAACUAUAGAAAUGUGGUAGCAGGCGGGUUAUAAACUGACAAGCGAGUAAGCAAUCAAGCAGGUCACAGAUGAGUAUAAUUAAAUUAAAUGAAUCCCCUGGAUGUAGACGGGCUUGGAAAUGAAAGCAUCCUCACUGGGGUUCGACUCGUGCCCCGAGCACAGUGCGAGAUGACAGACAACGGCACAUUUCAGGCUCGAGCUGUGAAUCCUGCCAGUAGGUUUUAACCAAGCCUGCUCAUUACGACUAGAAUGUGAAGAUGUAAUGAAAUAAAGAGGAUCGGGGCCGAUAUCCACGUUUUGAACAACUUCUUUACUAAAUGAACAGUUGGUUAAAGUUGUACUUAUAGGAACGCUGAAGUGCAAAAGCUCAAUAAAGAAGGAAAACAGAAAUAUUUGUUUGUAGCCAGCGUAUCUGCAUUAUUCAAAAUGCUCAAAAAUACAUUAAAAUGUU